AUGGAGAGGGUCAAAUAUGGAUGGUCUCAAGAUAGUUUAUAUGUCAAAGUUCCAUCAUCGACAACCAAUGGUGAAUUAUCUAUAGUUGAAGAUACAUCGAAACCAAACUUCUUUUUGGCUCGACAUCAUCAUAAAAAAAUGACAGAAAUAUUUUAUAUUGUUGAAGGUCAAGUGAAUCUUUUUUUGAUAAUGAAACAAUCAUGA